UGGCUCUAGAAAGAACCCUGCAACAACGGCUCGCUUUGCUAAAUCUAGCGACACGCGAGCGUUGCACUACCUUCUCGAACUCCAAGGCCGCGGCUCUUGUAUGCCCAACAAUGCGCACGUUGACGUCGCUUUCGCACUCGCUUGUUACGUGCCUAUUUGCGCCUUACAGCGUGUCACAGUGGAGCCACGUGGUACACAGUUUCUCCACGAAGCAUCUUACAAGGGCCGAUCAAUCCUUUGCUGACGGCAAUUUAUUGACUGCAACUACUACGCUCCCACCUCGGGGCAAACAUCAUUCGAUGCUACAGUAAGCGAAUGCUCAAACGUUGGCUGGUAAGGAAGUCGUCGGAUUUCGGAGCGAUUCAGCUCCAGCAGCCCCUAUUGACCUUCAUCUCCACAUGGGUUAGCUUGGCUCGAGUUGCCAAGAGCGCGAGCUUUCCCGCUUUCCGUGAGUGGCGCCGGCAGGUGUCAUUUUCUGCUUGUAAAGCCACGCCCUGCAAGUCAUGCCGGCUACCGCCUGUACUCCGGCAUCCUGUCAAUAUCUGCGGCCACGAUGAGGUGCAUCGCAAUGCUACCUUCACGCCAGCCACGCCCAGUAUCGACAGCUAUACGUCAGGGGUCUGCAUGACCACGUCCAUCUCCCGAGAGCCGAACUACGAUGCUCGUCUGCGAAUGACGGCUCUCAAGCAUUGCAUCUUACCAAACAGAUGCAUCGGCUUCCCGCCGUCUUCAGCCAUCGCACGCAAAAUACAAACGUGUUGGCUGACAAGCCGCCUGGAUCGACUCUUGGCGGGCGCGGCGAUCUUGCUUCUUCGGCUCUUGCGCGACGCGGAAGCGUGGGCGACGUCGGUUCAUAUUUUUAGUCCGCCAUGCCUUAACGUCUUGGCUCUCGUAAGGCGGGAUCGUUAUUCCUCCCCCUUUUGGUAUAUGUUCUCGAAAUAUUCUCCGCUGUGAUUCUACGUCUGUCUCAGUGGCUGAUGCCAGGUUCUGAGAACAAUGUUGUGCAGAUGGAGGUCAACUUGAUCAAAGGCGCAGAGAACAAAGCUCUGAACCCGAAACAAAGCACCAUCGUAACGCGUUCAUCGGAGAUAAUGAGGAGAUGGAGGUCCCACUAUAAUAGCUCGUAUUCUGCGAGCUCUCCAGGCGGGAGAUCUUGGCUGCUGAUAUGGUGCGCUGACACUCAAUUAGCGGACGGC